UUCCGCUCAGCAGUCAGCUGCUGCAGGGUCGGUGGGAAGAGGCACGUAUGGCCGUAUGGCUUUCCGUUUGUGUGUGUGUGCGUUGAGCCCGUGUGGAUCUUACCAUGAUAUCUGCUGUUGGAAUAUGAACAUGUAAAAUAGAAGGGGCCUGGGAAUGCCUGGCUCCAGUACAAUACUGCGUGUACAAAGACAUUGGUGUGAAUGUGGGUCUGCAGGAGACCUAGGGCUCGCAACCCAUUUACCUACCUGUGCCAAAGCAUCCUAUAUCUUGUGAAAAGGACUGAUAGCCAUGGAGGGAGAGUUUUUUGACCAUGGUCAUGACUUCAACUCUACAGAAGUCCUGGACUGUCAGCAGUUCAGCUAUGACUAUGACAUUCCUGUGGCCAUACUUUGUGGCAUGUGCAUGGCCUUCGGCAUCGUGUAUACUCUUUAUGGGUACCGGUGCUUCAAAGCUGUGAUGUUCCUGACAGGAUUUCUGUUUGGGGCGUUUGUGGUGUACCAGAUCUGCACGGUAGAGAGCUUGCUUCCCAUGGCUGGGAAUGCAGGUGUCUCUUUAGGUGCCGGCCUCCUGCUAGGCCUCAUCACCAUGUUGGUGCAGCAUGUGGGCCUGUUCCUGACAGGCUUCCACACAGGACUUUUAGCGGGCUUUGUGGGAUUGGCCUUGGCUCGCUUAUUCUGCAUCCUCCCCACUGUCUGGAUCUCAGUAGGCGUACUUUUGUCGUCGGGAGUUGUUGGUGCCCUGCUCACUCUCUUCUGGCAGAAGGCACUGACAAUCUUGGGCACAAGCGUAUAUGGUGGGGCCAUGAUGAUCAUCAGUGCGGACUACUUUGUCAGCCGCUUUCGCUUGGCCCAUUGGGCACUUGGAGUGAUUCUCUUAAAGCCUCCGUUCCCCCUGUGUUGGUUCUCCUGGCUCAUCCUGGGCAUGUGGCCCUUGCUCAUUCUCCUUGGCGUAUUUACACAGUGGAGGAUUACUGGCCGAGGCACUCAUCACACUGAACUAGCCCCAUCUCGAAGAUCUCGUCAACUCAAUCUGCAAAGGAUACGGCAGGAAGAAACGAGGGCGGAGCAGAGGCAACGUAAAUACAGAUAUCUCUACCAAGUGCGUACCGCGCACGGUGACGUAAUUUCACAGAGCUACAUCCAGGGCCUGCAGAAAAAGGUGUGCCCCCCUGCGGACGACAGUCUUUCCAUGCUGCACUCGGACCUAACUCACCUGACCGUUCUCAACCCGUCUGAAAGCACCGCAACCACCAUGAGCCACGUGACGUGAGACCAGAGGAGGAGCCGGUAAAAAAAAAAGGAAGAGCAAGGAAACGACCUGCCGUCCACUCCGACCGACUGCCGCAUCUUAGGACGAAGGGGAGGCGUUGCCGACGACUGAGACACAGCUCUAAAAUUCUUCUCUCUCUCGCACACUUUCUAAGACAUGGUCUUGAGAUGGAUCACUGAACACAUAUGAGUAACGAAAACAGACAGCGACAAUGAGAUGCUCUAGAGAAUCUCUCGUUUAUGUGGGACUCUUCACACGUAAAGACAAGAGUAACCUCUGCAUGUCAGCAGGGAUUAACCGUUACGCACUCACACAAGGAAGAGUAAGUGCACAAUGUAAUUCAGACUACGAAAGCAAAGUACUAGACCACUUUUCGUGCUCGUAUCAGAUGCACAACGAUUGAGACAGAGUUAAAGCAUGACAUUUGUGUGUGAUCGAACCAUUGUCCCCGGACAUUGAACAGAUACUCCCAAGCUAUUGUCUUCCAGACCACAGGGCGAGUAAUUAUUUCAAAACUGAGCAGAGAACUUCCUUCAGUGUAUGUUGUAAUGUUCAAAUGUGAUACUGGACUGGAAAAACUUGUGAACGUCUGCAUUGCUAUUUCACGGGAAGUCAUUGUCAGUUACAGGGCCCUGUGCGUCUAAAAGAUGCCUGUUCAAUAUGUAAUUGCGUCGAUGUAGCAUUCAGGGAAAUCUGGGUCGUGCGGUAUUGACCUUUUUCUGUUCUGUAAUGAUGCAUGCUUUAAACUAGCACCUGAAAAUUAAUCACUCGCAACUACAUCUUUGUUAAGUUGAUGGAAUCAUCUCAUUCCCUUUCAUGCAAUGGAAAGUUACAGCACAGUGGAAUUGAGCUCGCAUGAAAUACACAGAUCCUUGCCUUCCCCCAGUUAGUAGCUACAGAGAAAUGACUACAAAAAAUAUUAUUUUACCGAGUAACUGAUGUGAAUGUGCCCCAUUGUGUGCUUCAUUGUGAAAAGACUUGCACAUCUCACUAACACACUCACAGAGAAUCAAGUUCCAUCAGAGCUCUGACAGCAGUUGUCAUGCUACAGAAUUGGGCAGCAUGACUUGUGCUGUACUACUUUCAAGUUUUCACAUAGGCGUUUUAUAUAUAUAUAUAUAUAAAACUGCUUUACGCCAUCAACCGCACCAUUCAAGCACCACGUCAUGCUAUCAGCAAAGAUGGCACCCGCUUCUCACGAGUGACGAGCACGGAACUGUCCUUCUUUGGUGAGGAGCCGAGUCUUUAGCAGGGUGUUGUCGCUGGGUGAAUAACCAUUCCAGAUACUCAUUUAGCAGCUGCCAGAAUGCAGAAAAUGACACAUAUUGUAAAUAGAAAGGUUUGCAGGGCAGGGCUUUGCCCCCAUGACUAAGAGAUUGUUUUCAUGAGAGACUUGCUCAGAUGCGUGGCAGCUUUUGUAGAUAACACAUAUAAGAGAUUUUCGGUGUUCAUGUUACCGUUGAAGGAAUCUAGAUAGCUUUCUGUUCACACACGGCACCAAUAUGUUUUGAAAGCCUCCGUUGCACCAGGAAAAAAAGAAAGUCUUAUUCCUGUUCUGUAUAUCGCUUACAUAUUUAUGACUCGUGCAAACUUGUGUUUUGCUAAUUUUUUUGAAAUAUUUAAAAGGGAACUAUGUUUCUCACUGAGUGCAUGUUACUGCAGGCCUGCCAAAAUGUACAUUUCGACGUUGAUUUAAGGGUAUGUUUACUUGUGCUUAAGAACUAUUUGUUGUACAUAUCAACACAAUUAAAAACUGCUUCAACAUCGUA